AUGCGGCCACCCAACAUGUCCGGGCACUUUCUGCUCGCGCCCAUUCCGGAAUCCAACUCAGAUUACCUCCUGCCCAAAGACAUCAAACUGGCUGUACUGGGCGCCAGUCGCGUGGGCAAGAGCGCCAUGAUCGUGCGCUUCCUCACCAAGAGGUUCAUUGGCGACUAUGAACCGAACACAGGCAAGCUGUAUUCACGGCUGGUCUAUGUGGAGGGGGACCAGUUGUCGCUUCAGAUCCAGGACACUCCCGGAGGCAUCCAGAUGCUAGACAACCUCAGUCAGCAACCGGUGGACCCGCUGUCCAAAUGUCUGCACUGGGCAGAGGGCUUCCUGCUGGUCUAUUCCAUCACUGACUGUGACAGCUACCGGGCCAUCCGGCCACUGUACCAACACAUCCGGAAGGUGCACCCCGAGUCCAAAGCCCCAGUGAUCAUCGUGGCCAACAAGGGGGACCUCCAUCACCUCCGGCAGGUGCAGACGCAGGAUGGCGUGCAGCUGGCCAAUGAGCUGGGCAGCUUAUUCCUUGAAAUCUCCACCAGCGAGAACUAUGAGGACGUCUGUGAGGUGUUUCAGCAUCUCUGCAAAGAAGUCAGCAAGGUGCACGGCCUCGGCAGCGAGAGGCGAAGGUCUUCGGUCAUCCCCCGGCCGCGCUCGCCCAACAUGCAGGACCUGAAACGGCGCUUCAAGCAGGCCCUGUCUUCCAAGGUCAAGGCUGCCUCUACACUAGGGUGAGCCAGCUAACGUGGACCUGGCUCCUUUUUCUUAACCCGUUUGUGCAGCUAACAAGACUGGGCUUUCCCCCUUUUAACCACAUGUUCAGAGUUUAUUUUUCUAAAGACUCUACUAAGUUUUCAAGUGGCUGUGCAUUUCUGAAAGCUCAGAGACUGCCUAGAAGCUGGAGAGAGGUGUUUUUUUUCUAAAUUAAAGACCUUUUUUUAAAACUGUAACUGCUAAGUACUUUUCCAUUA